GUCUGAAACUAACCCUCGUCAUCUCUCACCUUCUCCUUCCCCCAUCCCCACCCAAGAAAACGAGAGGAAAAAAUCGCGCCUUUUUUUUAUUUCAGUUUCGGAGGAUUGGUGAGUGGAACCUAGCAGGUAGUCCGUAGUACUAGUAAUUUUGAGCGCGUGGUUGGUGGCAGUCGUCUUGCUUGUUGGUCCAAUUGCACGGUCAUUGUUUCCCGGCGGCUACUCGUUCAAAGAAUCGACCGAUUUGGGUUCCUGGUUGACCACGGAGAGGGAGGGAGCCAGUCAGUCGUCGGGGCCACGGGGGCGGUCUUGAUGAUGGCUGGUUGGUGGUGGGAACAAGAGCAACAACGUCGGGCUUUGACCGUCGUCGAGCCCAACCGAGGCGGCGGCGGAGGCAGCGACAGCGAGAAACUCCUCGCCCGGCGGUGAGGAGACGACUUUGGAGUCGGAGAGGGUUUCGCGCGGCAGGUGUUCGACGGAUUGCCGCGGGGGAAGGAAGGAAGGGGGAUCGAUGGCGGGCGGAGGAGGAGGGGCCAACUGGGAGGUGAUGGUGAGGCGGAUGCUCCCGCCGGGGACCGCCAUCCCCGAGGCGCCGGCCAACCUCGACUACUCCAUCGCGCUCGAGUAUGACGGCCCGCCCGUGUCCUACGAGGUCCCGAGGAUCGACCCGGUGGACAUGGCCGCGGUGCCCACGGCCGAGCCGGUGUCUGGUACCCAUCCGCUCGGGAACGGCAGGGCGGUCCCCGUGGCGCCGGUCUUCAGGCCGGCGUCCCGGUUGCGUGCUCAGCCGCUGCCGCCGCCGCCUGCGCAGGUUAGGAGAAGCUCGGAGUCAGCCAAUUCGGCGUCCUCUGGUGACGAUGGGUCCCGCUCGGUGUCUCAUGAGUUUGCGCGGAGCGUCCAGUCGGAGGGCGGCAGGCCUGCUGCGCCGGAGGGGAGGAAGUCUCAUGUGGUGACCUUUGGGUUGGCGGAGGAUAGCAAGUAUGAUGAUGAGAGCAUGGAGCUCGAGGAUAGCAGGUCGGAGCAGUUUGUCGCGGUGACCAGGAAGGAGAAGAGGGGGAGGACCUGCAACCGGUGCGGGAAGAGGAAGUGGGAGAGCAAGGAGGCGUGCAUUGUUUGCGACAAGAGGUAUUGCAGCUACUGCCUGCUCAGAGCUAUGGGGUCGAUGCCAGAAGGCCGCAAGUGUAUCACUUGCAUUGGCCAGCCCAUCGAUGAGUCCAAGCGGUCGAAGCUAGGGAAGAGCUCGAGGAUCUUAUCACGCUUGCUCAGCGCGCUGGAAGUAAGGCAGAUCUUGAAAGCCGAGAAGGAGUGCCAGGCAAACCAGCUACGUCCUGAGCAACUUAUCGUAAAUGGCUGCCCUCUCUGUCAAGAAGAGAUGUCUGAGUUGCUCAAUUGUCCACGGCCUCCUCAAAAUCUGAAACCUGGAAGAUAUUGGUACGACAAGGAGUCAGGCUUGUGGGGAAAGGCAGGGGAAAAGCCAAACAGGAUGAUCAGCACUAACCUGAACUUCAAUGGAAAGAUUCAGCCCAAUGCCAGUAAUGGCAACACUCAGGUUUAUAUGAAUGGAAGGGAAAUUACCAGUAUUGAACUGAAAAUUUUGAAGAUCGCACAAGUUCAAUGUCCCCGUGAUACUCACUUUUGGGUUUAUCACGAUGGAGGCUACGAGGAAGAAGGCCAAAAUAACAUCAAAGGAAAAAUAUGGCAGUCGCCUAUCACACGUUUUGCGUGUGCCUUGGUUUCACUGCCGGUGCCUCCUGCAAACUCUGUUGGGCCCAAAGACGAUGAUCCUUAUUCAGCAAGAACAGUGCCUGGUUACUUUGACCAGAAAAGAAUGCAAAAACUUCUUGUUCUUGGGUCACCUGGAGCUGGAACAAGCACCAUAUUUAAGCAGGCUAAGUUACUAUAUGGAACUAGAUUUACCGAAGAAGAACUUGACAAUAUCAAACUAAUGAUCCAAAGCAACAUGUUCAAAUACCUUGGGAUUCUGCUGGAGGGUCGGGAGCGCUUUGAGGAAGAGGCUUUGGCUAUAUCACAUAACCCGAACUCAGAGGAUGAGGAUGCCCAAGAAGAUGGAAACAAAUCGAGUGGUUCAAAUUCUUGCAUAUACUCGAUAAAUGCAAAGCUGAAGAAGUUCUCUGAUUGGCUUUUGGACAUCAUAGCAAUGGGAGACCUAGAUGCUUUCUUCCCUGCAGCUACACGUGAAUAUGCUCCAGUUGUUGAUGAGAUGUGGAAGGAUCCUGCUAUACAAGCAACAUAUAGAAGAAAGGACGAAUUACAUUUUCUCCCUGAUGUUGCUGAAUAUUUCUUGAGCAGGGCGAUUGAAGUAUCGAGCAAUGAGUAUGAGCCUUCAGAGAAAGAUGUUAUAUAUGCUGAAGGAGUAUCACAGGGGAAUGGAUUGGCCUUUAUCGAGUUCACUCUGGACGAACGGAGCCCUAUGUCAGAACUCUAUGGUGACAGCCAUGAACCUAGCUCUCAACCAGUAAACAAAUAUCAGCUGAUUAGAGUAAGUGCCAAGGGCAUGAACGAGGGCUGUAAAUGGGUGGAAAUGUUUGAGGAUGUCCGCGCGGUGAUAUUCUCUGUAGCACUCAGCGACUAUGACCAGCUGGGAGCCCCUGCUUCUGGUGGCAGUAGGCGCCUCCUGAAUAAGAUGAUUCAGAGCAGGGACCUGUUUGAGGCCACAAUCAGGCAACCAUGCUUCAAGGACACGCCGUUCAUCCUGGUGCUGAACAAGUUUGACCUCUUCGAGGAGAAGAUCGGGCGGUCCCCGCUGUCCGCGUGCGAGUGGUUCACUGACUUUGGCCCGCUGCGCACCCACAACAACAACCAGUCUUUGGCGCACCAGGCGUUCUACUACGUGGCGAUGAAGUUCAAGGACCUAUACGCGGCACACACUAACCGGAAGCUGUUCGUGUGGCAAGCGCGCGCCCGGGACCGGCCAACCGUCGACGAGGCCUUCCGGUACAUCCGGGAGGUGCUCAAGUGGGAGGAGGAGAAGGACGAGGGGUACUACCCGGAGGAGUCCUUCUACAGCACCACUGAGCUCAGCUCCUCCCGCCUCAUCGUCACCUCGGCUGCUCCUCCCGCCUGAAUCGAUCAUUCAGGGCAGAGUGACACGUCCCAUCCUGCCAGUGCUAUUGUUCAAGCUGGAGAGCAAAUAUAGAGAUUGUUGCUACUAACUGUACAGUAUUGCUGUGUUGUGUAACUAAUUCUACUGUUAGCUAAGCGAACGUUUCAGAAUGUGAACAAUGCUGCCUGCCAUUGUUGUGUAUAUAUAUAUCUCUACUGCUAUAAAGCCCGUUGUUAUGUAUUUAGUUUA